AUGUCUCAACCUCAGCGAUUCGAGACCCUCCAGCUUCACGCCGGUCAGGAACCCGACCCCACCACCCUCGCCCGCGCUGUCCCCAUCUAUGCGACCACUUCUUUCGUCUUCAAUGACUCCGCCCACGGUGCGAGGCUCUUUGGCCUCAAGGAGUUUGGCAACAUCUACAGCCGUAUUAUGAACCCUACCGUCGAUGUCUUCGAGAAGAGGAUAGCUGCUCUUGAGGGCGGUGUCGCCGCUGUUGCCACCUCCUCCGGCCAGGCUGCCCAAUUCAUCGCCGUCGCCGCCCUCGCUCACGCCGGCGACAACAUUGUCUCCACCUCCAACCUCUACGGUGGCACCUACAACCAGUUCAAGGUCUUGUUCCCCCGCCUUGGCAUCCAAACCAAGUUCGCCAACGGUGAUAAGCCCGAGGACAUUGCCGCCCUCAUCGACGACAAGACCAAGGCCGUCUACGUCGAGAGCAUUGGUAACCCCAGGUACAACGUUCCCGAUCUCGAGGCCAUUUCCAAGGUCGCCCACGAGCAUGGUGUUCCUCUCAUUGUUGACAACACCUUCGGUGCCGGUGGCUACUUCAUCCGACCCAUUGAGCAUGGUGCCGAUAUCGUCGUCCACUCCGCCACCAAGUGGAUCGGCGGCCACGGCACUACCAUCGCCGGUGUCAUUGUCGACAGCGGCAAGUUCGACUGGGGCCAGCACGCGGCCCGCUUCCCCCAGUUCGUCGAGCCUGCCGAGGGUUACCACGGCCUCAAGUUCUGGGAGACCUUCGGCCCCAUCACCUUCGCCAUCCGCGCCCGUGUUGAGAUCCUCCGUGACCUCGGCGCCUGCCUCAACCCCUUCGGUGCUCAGCAGCUCCUCCUCGGUCUCGAGACCCUCAGCUUGAGGGCCGAGCGCCACGCUCAGAACGCCUCCACUCUUGCCCAGUGGCUCGAGAAGAACCCUAACGUCGCGUGGGUCUCGUACCCCGGUCUUGAGAGCCAUCCUUCGCACGAGAACGCCAAGAAGUACCUCCAGCGCGGCUUCGGCGGUGUCCUCAGCUUCGGUGUUAAGGGUGGCGGUGACGCCGGCAGCAAGAUUGUCGAUAGCUUCAAGCUCAUCUCCAACCUUGCCAACGUUGGCGACUCCAAGACUCUUGCUAUUCACCCCUGGAGCACCACCCACGAGCAGCUCUCCGAUGAGGAGAAGAUCAGCGCCGGCGCCACCGAGGACCUCAUCCGCAUCUCCGUCGGUACCGAGCACAUUGAUGAUAUCAUUGCCGACUUCGAGCAGGCCUUCAAGGCUGUCGCCGAGAAGGAUGCUGAGGCUCCUAAGGCUGAGGUCGUCGUGCCCCAGACCGAGUAG